GAAAACUUCCGAGUAUGUUUCGGUAUCCAUCGGAAAUCCAGAUUUAAAAUGUCACCCUAUUUACUUUGGUUUUUAACGUCGUUAAUUCCGGCUAAUUGGGCCGUCUCCUGUCCGUGUGAGAGAGAUGAUUUAUGCAAUCAAAUACGCGACGAAAGGGAUUUCGAGGUGUUUGUGUUCGACGUGGGUGGGAAGAAAUGGAAGUCGUACAACUGGAGUGUGGUGACCACGGUGGCCACAUUUGGAAAAUACGACGCAGAACUUAUGUGUCAUGCUCAUGCUGAAGGAGCACGGGUUGUACUCAAAGGCGAUGUUCACCUCGCUUACAUUGUGGACCAAAACAACAGGACAGAUUGGAUAACGGAGAAAGUCAACCUCGCCAAAAGUCAGUUCAUGGAUGGGAUCAACAUCGACAUUGAACAAGCAGUCGAAGAAGGCUCGCCUGAGUACUUUGCCCUAACAGAUCUGGUCAAAGAGACUACACAGGCUUUCCACAGGGAGAUCCCUGGUUCUCAGGUGUCCUUCGAUGUCGCCUGGUCACCCAAAUGUAUCGACAAACGUUGCUAUGACUACGUUAGCAUUGCCGACUCCUGCGAUUUGCUGUUUGUGAUGUCCUACGAUGAGCAGAGUCAGAUACUAGGGGACUGUAUUGCCAUGGCUAAUGCCCCCGUCACUCAAACGCUUAAUGCUUAUGACCAGUAUUUGAAUUUAAAGAUAGCUCCAAAGAAGUUAGUGAUGGGUGUUCCAUGGUAUGGCUAUGACUACCCAUGUCUCAACCUUUCACAGGAUGGCAUCUGCUCUAUUGCCAAAGUGCCAUUCCGUGGCACGCCGUGUAGUGAUGCUGCUGGAAAACAGCAAGCGUACAGCUGGAUCAUGAAGCAGGUCAAUGGCUCAUUGACCGGCCGCCUGUGGGACAGCAAGCAGCAGGCGCCGUACUUCAAUUACGAGGAUGCUGACGGACAAAUUCACCAGGUUUGGUAUGAUGAUCCAGAGAGUGUUUGCCAAAAGACAGACUAUGUGAAAUCUAAAGGUUUGAGGGGAGUGGGCAUGUGGAACGGCAACAUUUUAAACUACAGCGACGAUCCGGUUGCCAAGCAGCAGACCACAAUGAUGUGGAACGCUCUAUUUGGAUGCGAUCUGGCCUGAAUUUUACUGGCUCCAGACAUUUACAGCGGCUAAAUUGUUGUUGCUAAGCCAACAUGCCCUUUUGUGGCCCUAAGACAUUGGCAGGUCACAGAGGCAUACUUGCACUUCAAGCUUUCAUUGCUACCCUUCAAUAGAGUUUGGUCUUAGGCAUUGUGCUGGGUGGAUGAAGGAACCCCUGUGAUUCUCUUUUGUUUUUGUGCUUUAUAUAUACGAUAAAAGUAUGAAUAAAUGCUGCUAAUAUGUUGUCAUAUUUUAACUUAAUUUUUGCCAAUAAAAUGUCUAAGUAUGCUGAACAUGCUGAAUUCUGUUUGUCUAAUGCAUGCGUAUAUACAGUGGGGAGAACAAGUAUUUGAUACACUGCUGAUUUGCUGGUUUUCCUACUUGCAAAGCAUG